CUACCCGAUGUCGCCUACAAUGUACAGACUGCCACAAAACCCUUACGGCUCCAAAACUUAUCUACCCGCCUCAAGAACUUCAGAAUACGGCUACAGUCCAACAAAGUAUUUAAACGGCGACCCUAAUGUAUACGGUUCAAGGGAUUUCCGGGACUCAGGAGUGACCACGAGAGACCAUGAUGGUUACCCUUCGCGAGAUUUUCGGGACUCCGGCAUAGCGACUAUGUUGAAAAACGAUUAUCAAAGAAAGAUGGAAAGUCACUACGGCGGGGACUACAAUGAUAGGAUGUCAGAAGGAUCCGACAAACUUCACACACAUGAUAAAUAUCUGUUCCCUUACACGGCGGAGGAAGAUCACAUAGGUAUGCGCGAGGGGGCGCAUGCGUCGCACGCGCGCCUCAACACACAGACAGGUGAAAACCAACAACAGAUGGCGCCACUUGCAACUAUGGGAGAGACUAGCGAGUAAGUUCCUA